AACCGAACAGAACUAUUAAAGACGUCAAACUUCUCGUAUGUUUAAGUUGUCAAAAUCUGCCAACACGUGUAAUUGUCCGGUAUAAUUCACUCUUUCUCAUUCAUUUUAAUUUUUUUGGAAGCAGUAAACAAGAACUCAAGAUGUCCUUAAUGCGGAUUAGAAAACCAAAAACCCGUAAGGGAAAGCAAAUACUGAUGGCCCGCGAGCCACAGCUUAUAGAGCCAUCACGUACUAUGCUUUUCGUUGAUGGUCGCAAAUGUGGUGGAGACAUAAAGUCAUGCAUGAAGGAUCUUCAGCAGCUACGUAAACCUCUUGUAAAAAUAUUAAAUCGUAAAAACGACAUUACACCUUUCGAUGACCCAUCCUCUUUAGAAUUCUUGACAAUGAAAAACGAUUGUGCAUUAUUCGCUUUCGGCUCUACAUCAAAAAAGAGACCAAACAAUUUAAUUCUUGGACGUAUUUUCGAAAACGAAAUAUUGGAUAUGAUUGAAUUGGGCAUAAAACAUUACACUGCAAUGCCGGAAUUCAAAACAGAAAAAAUCGGUACAAAUGUUAAACCAUGCCUUAUUUUUAAUGGGCCGCGUUGGAAUCAGACUGAAGAAUUACGACGUCUUAGAAAUUUGUUAAUUGACACAUUCCAUAAAGACAAGGUAGACGCUAUUCGUCUACAAGGAAUUGAACAUGCAGUCAGUUUCACAUGUACAGAGGAUUUAACCAUACUGAUGAGAUCUUAUAAGAUAAUGUUAAAAAAGUCGGGCCAAAAAACACCUCGUAUAGAACUUGUAGAAAUUGGUCCUUCUGCAGAUUUUUCAAUUCGAAGAACAAAAAUCGCCUCAGAGGACCUUUACAAACAGGCAAGAAAACAACCAAAACAACUGCAACCGAAAAAGAAGAAGAACGUUACAUAUGAUGAAUUAGGAAAUACACACGGACGUGUCCAUUUGGGAAAACAAAAUGUAACAAAGAUACAAACUCGACGGGUGAAGGGAUUGAAGAAAACGCCAGAGGAAAAACGCGAAAGCAGGCAGAAAAAGAAAGAACUAAUAAAAUCCGCUGCAAAAGAACUACUAAAAAAUUCAGAAUAGUAACAAAUAUAUAUAUUUAUAUUGGUAGUUUUAAUUUUAAUAAAAUAGUGUUAAAGACGUAUAA